AUGGGUAGUGACUUAUGUGAUCGUGGGUACUUCCAUAAUGGUUCAAGGAGGAGUAAUUCCUCCUUAGUAGUGAAUAAGAAAAGUUUUAAAAGUCGUUUCAUCCGUUCAUUAGAGAAGGGAAAUAAAAUCAUUACAGGUAGAAUCUAUGCAAAGGUUGCAAGGUCUGGAAUAUUUAUUUUGUUCGUUUUAACCCUUUUGAAUCUCUUCAUACAGAAUAUAUACUACAAGAAUGAAGAGUGGAAAUCAUUUGAAAAAUUCGAAAUAAGCAUAAAGGGAUGUGCAAGGAAAUUAGGUCAAAUAGAACAACUGAGGGAAUGCGCUGAUUUAGCUAGACAGGCCCUUAAAAACGAAGAUAGUGCUCAUUUGAGAAAGUACAAAAAAAAUUUUUACCAAAGAAUGGAAGAGAGUUUGAAACAAGUAGGCCCCGACCCGCUACCCACUUGUAUGAAGAAGGACGAUAAAACUAGUACAGUAAAAAAGGGAAUGCAUUCUGUCCAGGCGGAAAAGACAAUACAGAAAGGGGAAAUUCCGAAAAGGAGCAUGCAGAAGGGGGGAGAUAUUAAUGGAAAAACUAUGAAUGGAAUAAAUAUGAAUGGAAGAACUAUGAAUGGAAAAGCUAUGAAUGGAAUAAAUGUGAAUGGAAAAACUAUGAAUGGAAUAAAUGUGAAUGGAAAAAAUAUGAAUGGAAAAAAUAUGAAUGGAAUAAAUAUGAAUGGAAAAACUAUGAAUGGAAAAGCUAUGAAUGGAAAAACUAUGAAUGGAAAAGCUAUGAAUGGAAAAACUAUGAAUGGAAAAACUAUGAAUGGAAUAAAUGUGAAUGGAAAAAAUAUGAAUGGAAAAAAUAUGAAUGGAAAAACUAUGAAUGGAAAAACUAUGAAUGGAAAAACUAUGAAUGGAAAAAGUAAGAAGGAGAAAAAUGGAAAAAAUAGAAUAAUGACUACAGCGGAGUUGAAAAAAAAAUAUGAAGAUGUUCUGUACAAAAAAAUAAGCAAAGAUGAUAUAAAAGAAAAUUUUGAAUUCAUUGACGCCAGUAAUUACGAAAAUAUACACCAAAAGAAGAAUGUCCUUUAUAAUGAAGAUGAUAAUGAAGAGUUGGAUUAUGGUUGUACGAUGAAAGAUAUUGCUGAAGAAAUUACAGAAUAUGAUUUAAAGUUGAAGAUCGAAAAACUACCGUAUGUUGUGAAACCCAAGGACAUGUUUAUAAUCUGGCAUUAUGUUCAAUCCUUUGGAAGAGAUGAAUAUUUAAGGAUGAAUGGGGAUUUAUUGAGAAUUUGUGGAGAGGUGCAGAAAGAAUAUAACAUAGCAGAUCACAUUAAAAGAAGAGAAUGGCAAGAAGCCUCUAGGUACAUGAUAAGUGAGUUACAGAAGAAGGAACACAAUGAUUAUUUAGAGUUUAAAGAAUUAGUAGAAAAGGGCCCCUGCAAGAAAGGAAAGUUCUACGAAUACAUUGAUAAGAAGAGGAAUUCCUGGAAAUUCAUGACAGCUGUAAUGAUGGAUUCAUGGAAGGGGUCACUAAUUGAAAAACUAAAAAGCUACAGCGUAGAGGAAGCGUAA